AGAGAGCACCGGAGGAGGGAAUGGGACGGUGUCUGCGGAGCCUCGAGUGUGUGUCGCGGGGUUACAGGCAGAGUAUCGGUGCAGGGCAGAGGAGGAGGAUCCGGUUCCUCUGAAUCCACACGCACAUUACGCACAUUAGAAUCACAAUCGAAGCCGGUUCGCGGAGGUCGAGGCUCCGCUGGUUGCGCCGCUGCGCCGCGCUGCGCCGCGCCGCGGGGGAUGUGCGCACACAAUGGAGACGACGCACUGGCACCGUCCGGGACGCGGCUGUAGACGAACACUCACCCCGCGAGCUUCGUGCGUAAUGGAGACGCGGACACCGGAGAGGGAUCCGCGGCGGUCAGCGGAGGAGUCCCGGUGGUGAGGACUUGUUCUGUCCCGCCUGCGGACAGUGUCGCCUCGGUGCGCGCGGACCGGAGGCGAGGACGCGCCCGCGCCGCCUGUCUGUUCCAUCGGCCGCCGGUUCAAAUUCCGCUGGGAGCGACACGGAAUGUGUUUCCUGCGUCUCCAGGCAUCUGGAUCAGAGGGAAGUCGGGUUGUUUGUUUGUGGAGAAACGUUGGAUUUUAACCCAAAAGCCGAAUUUAGUUUCUUCAUCAUCAGUUUAACAUCGUAGAUUAAUAAAGUGGACACAUGUACCUUCUGGACAGUAGCUGCACUGACAGGAUGGAGAGGGGAACGCCCCAGAGGAAAACCGUCUACCGCAUCUCCCUCACCCUGGUGAAGAGGGAGAGUCUGGACGACGAGGAGCGGGACCCCCCGCGGGCGGACAACCCCAAGGUGGGCCCCUUCCAGCGGGGGGGCUCGGUGGAGGUGCAGCGUGGCGCCGGCCUGCUGGAGCAGCUCAAGGAGGCGGAGGACGAGUCGGAGGACUUGUCGUCGUCCCGCGGCUACAUGAGGAACUUCAGGACGUUCAGCACGGGGCAGCUGGAGCUGGGGAGGCUGAAGAUGUCCAGGAAGCAUCUCUUCCAGAAGGAGCUGAAGGCCACGAGCCCGUUAGCAGAGCGAGAGGCCCCGGAGGUCGUCUCCCCUCAGAGGGAGAGCGGGCGGCAGGAAGCAGCGGAUUCAGAUGCACUUACUGAGGAUAUUUGUUCUGAGAGUCGUCACACAGACGCUGCAGUGGAGAACGGCAGCGUGAGCAAGAGGAAGAGGUUGCUGAAAGCGAAGAGCAUGGAGGAGAGGAGCUGCGAGCCUCCUCUGAACAGCGAGGGGAAGAUGUCCCACUCCACAAGUAACGGGAAAGCAGCUAAAGUCCCGUCCCCUGAGACGCCUCCUGCGAAGCGGCCGCCCGGCCUGCUGCGCCGCAGCUUCAGCUUCAGGCACUGGACGGGCGGCGAGCUGCUGCGCCUGCGGGCGCUUUCCAAAGACAAACACCACAGCAGCUCCGGCUGCAUCGCCCGUGACACGGGUCCGGACGGCGGCGAGGUGACCUCGGAGGCCGCAGUCGUGGCCCCGCCUUCCCGCCACAAGGACCUCACCAGGCAGAAGAGCAGGACCCUGGAGGUCGGAGCCGUCCUGAACAAGACGGACUCCAUGUCCGAGCUGAGCCGCUGGGAGAGAGCACGUGGCGGCAAGAACCGCACGUUGGAUAACAGCGACCUGCUGCGGCUGGCGGCCGAGAAUGAUGGAGCGGGAGGGGGCUUCCUGCUGCGGGGAGUCGGGGGGCGCUCCAGCGAGCGGCGUUUGGUUCGCUUCUUCAGCGGGAUCUUCUCCCGGCGGGACGGGGCGUCCACCUCCACGCCGGUGGGAAGCCCCAGCACCAACCGGUCGCUGCGGCGCAGCAUGAGGGCGGCGCUGUCGCAGUCCAGCACGGAGAGCAUGAACGGAGGAAGCGCUGACGAUGCGUUUGUGAACAGUCAGGAGUGGACGCUGAGUCGAGCGGUACCAGAACUGAAAGUGGGCAUUGUGGGUAACCUGGCCAGUGGUAAGUCUGCGCUGGUGCACAGGUACCUGACGGGGACGUACGUCCAGGAGGAGUCGCCUGAAGCUGACGUGGACGCAGGCGGUCGUUUUAAGAAAGAGAUCGUGGUCGACGGUCAGAGUCACCUGCUGCUCAUCAGGGACGAGGGCGGCCCCCCGGAGGCUCAGUUUGCGUUGUGGGUCGACGCUGUGAUCUUCGUCUUCAGUCUGGAGGACGAGAUCAGCUUCCAGACGGUCUAUCACUACUUCAGUCGCCUCGCCAACUUUAGGAACGCCGCCGAGCUGCCGCUGGUGCUGGUCGGCACGCAAGACGCCAUCAGCUCGGCGAACCCGCGGGUCAUCGACGACAGCCGCGCCAGGAAACUCUCCAACGACCUGAAACGCUGCACCUACUACGAAACCUGCGCCACCUACGGCCUGAACGUGGAGCGAGUGUUCCAGGACGUUGCUCAGAAGAUUGUGGCCACCAGGAAGAAGCAGCAGUUGUCCAUCGGUCCGUGCAAGUCGCUGCCCAACUCGCCGAGUCACACGUCCGUCUGCGCCGCGCCCGUUUCGGCUGUCCACAUCAGCCAGACGAGUAACGGCGGUGGCAGCCUGAGCGACUACUCGUCGUCGGUGCCGUCCACGCCGAGUACCAGUCAGAAGGAGCUGCGCAUCGACGUGCCGCAGACCACCAACACGCCCACGCCCGUCAGGAAGCAGUCCAAACGCCGCUCCAACCUCUUCACCUCGAGGAAGGCAAACGAGACGGACAAGGACAAGAAAGGCCUGGAGGCUCGAGCCGACAGCAUCGGCAGCGGGCGGGCCAUCCCCAUCAAACAGGGCAUGUUGCUGAAGAGAAGCGGUAAAACCCUCAACAAGGAGUGGAAGAAGAAGUACGUGACGCUGUGUGACAACGGACUGCUCACCUACCACCCCAGCCUGCAUGACUACAUGCAGAAUGUCCACGGGAAGGAGAUCGACCUGCUGCGGACGACGGUCAAGGUCCCGGGGAAGAGGCCGCCGCGCGCCAUCUCCACCUGCGCCGCCGCCGCCGCACCGAUCCCCAAAACCAACGGCCUGACGAAGGACAUGAGCAGCCUGCAGCUCGGACAGACCCCAGGUUCGGUGACCAGCAGCUCGUCCGUGUCUCAGAUGGCGAGCGGCGUCAGCCUGGUGUCCUUCAACAGCCGCGGCGGCAUGGAGGGGAUGCACCAGCGCUCGUACUCUGUCUCCAGUGCCGACCAGUGGGCCGACGCCACCGUCAUCGCCAACUCCGGAGUCAGCACGGACACGGGCCUGGGUGACUCGGUCUGCUCCAGUCCCAGCAUCUCCAGCACCACCAGCCCCAAGAUGGAGCCGCCGCCAUCGCCGCACGCCAACCGCAAGAAGCACCGGCGGAAGAAGAGCACCAGCAACUUCAAAGCCGACGGCCUCUCUGGUACUGCGGAAGAACAAGAGGAGAACUUUGAGUUCACCAUUGUGUCGCUGACGGGGCAGACAUGGCACUUCGAGGCCACGACGUACGAGGAGCGAGACGCCUGGGUCCAGGUGAUCGAGAGCCAGAUCCUGGCGAGUCUGCAGUCGUGUGAGAGCAGCAAGAACAAGUCUCGUCUGCCGAGCCAGACGGAAGCGAUGGCUCUUCAGUCCAUCAGAAGUAUCCGUGGAAACGGUCACUGCGCCGACUGUGAAGCUCAGAACCCCGACUGGGCCAGUCUGAACCUCGGGGCCCUGAUCUGCAUCGAGUGCUCGGGAAUCCACAGGAACCUGGGGACCCACCUGUCCCGGGUCCGCUCCCUAGACCUGGACGAGUGGCCCCUGGAGCUCAUCAGGGUCAUGUCGGCCAUCGGCAACGAGCUCGCCAACAGCGUGUGGGAGGCCAACGCCCAGGGACGCCUGAAGCCCGGACCGGACGCCAGCAGGGAGGAGCGGGAGCGUUGGAUCCGGGCGAAGUACGAGCAGCGUCUGUUCCUGGCGUCGCUGCCCUGCGCAGACGUCUCUCUGGGCCAGCAGCUGCUGAGGGCCACGGCGGAGGAGGACCUGCGCGCCGUGGUGCUGCUGCUCGCCCACGGGUCCCGGCAGCAGGUCAACGAGUCCUGCGGCGAGGGGGACGGACGCAACGCGCUGCACCUGGCCAGUCGCAAGGGCAACGUGGUCGUCACGCAGCUGCUCCUCUGGUACGGCGUGGACCUGAUGGCGAGGGACGCCCACGGGAACAGUGCGAUGGCGUACGCUCGGCAGGCAAACAGUCAGGAGUGCGUGGACACGCUGGCCCAGUAUGGCUGCCCCGACGAGCGCUUCCCGCUCAUGGCCACGCCCAACCUGCCGCGCCGCAACACCAACCGCAACAACAGCUGCAGCAGCAGCGGCAGCACCGCGCUCAUAUGACGCCGCGUUCCACCACGCGACUCCUCGUGAUUUGGGAGAAUCCUAACCGUUUAUUUUGGGAACCACUACCUGUCGUGACUCUUAGGCUCCGCCCACCUCACCUGACAGCGCGUCAAGACUGAUUUUGACUGAUCGCAGGUCAGAGGUGAAGCCGCCGCCGCCACCAUGUCUGUUUGGGAGAAUCCUAAACAGGAGGAGGGAGAAAACCCCAAAGCAUGCUGGGAAACGUGGUCCAUAACUAUCUGAGCUGUUAAUGGCUCAUCAGAGCUCUUUGGGAAAUAAUCAUGUGACUUGUGCGGCCAAUCAGGGCCCAGUCUGCGGACAUCAUACCUCAUCACACACUACUCGGCCAGUUCCCGCUCUGCUUGCUGCUCCAACCGCCAAUCAGAAUCCACGCCCUUCUUUCCCGCCAAAAACAUAUCUUCUUCUUCUGUGAGAUGAAAAUAUCAAGGAAACACAAACAAAGAAUCCUCCCCCUCCCCCUCCUGCCGCUACGUGUUGUUUUUUUAUGUGAAAAAUAUCUUGAUGUAAAACUUUUAAAGGAAAACACAAAUAUCAGAUCAGAUCUUAGAUAAAACAAAAAAAGAAGUGAUACAGUAGAUCGCAUGUCUUAGAGACUUUUCUAUUGUAAUUUAAGGCAUUUCCCUGGAUUGUGUAUAUUGUAUCUCAAUGUUCAUUGCUGGACCAAUGCUUAGAAAUGUCACCAUGUGUUUUUUUGCGGAUGUAUAAAAUGUACAGAAGCUUCUUCCAGGCUCAGGGACCGAAGACCGUCAGUCAUCUUCAUCAUCGUCAUCUUCCCCCGUGAGUCCAGACUCGGGUUUUACAAUGUUUCCACUUCACUCGGUUCAGAGUUCAACUCCAUUUAAACACCAACAGCAAAUUUAAAUGUCCUUAAUGUAAUGAUAUCUAACGUUUGCUGCUUUGCCUUUUAGUUUCCAACAAAUUGUUUCUCCCUGAACCGAGUGGAUCCAGAACCUCUAGAACCGAGUCACGUCCCCGUCAAACGUCCCUGAAGGUUGAAAAAUGGAAAAAAAUUCGAGGAAGCAGCUACGAAGUGAAACAGUCACAUGGAGCAAAAAGGGAAUUCACCUGCUGCUGCUUCUUCUUCUUCUUCUUCUUCUUCUUCUUCUUCUUCUUCUUCUUCUUCUUCUUCUUCUUCUUCUUCUUCUUCUUCUUCUUCUUCUUGAGGUGUUUUGUUUAUUUGUCGACUCGGACGAAUGAUGACGAGAAAGAUUCAAACUCACUUUUAAUGCUUUUAAGAAUCAGGAAAUAUGAAACAAAAAACACACCCAAGCUCAGAAGAGUCAUGUUUCUGUGUACAGAUAUUAAUCUGUGAUAACUUUUGAACCAGAUCACAGCGAGUUCCCUCCCUUUUUGUCUCUCGUCCAAUCAGACGGUCUGCCUGAUCUGCUCAGCGAAUCACAAAGAAGGGCUCCUUCUCUCUCUCUCCUUCCUCUUCUUCCUCUCUAGUCUGGAAACCUGUUUCUUGUAAAUAAUCUCCUUUUUUGUCACGGUCUGUCUUUCGACGGUGGCGUCCUUUACGAUGGAGAACACGAGAUCUACUUCCUGUGUGCCGGUAUGGAAGUGAGACAAAACUAAAAUGUCGGCAUUGACUGAAUGUUGCGUGUGUGGGCUCAGUGUUGCACUGAUUCAUCCAGACUGGACCGGUGCCCCCCCUCCCCCCCCCCCCAGUGGUUUCAAGGUUAAUCUGAAUUAACACAAACUCCUGUGUGAACACUACAUUCAAACGUAUUUGUUUUUUCGACCCAGAUUCAACUGUAAAAGCUCAGGUAGAACAACAGUCAAGAGUCCAAGUGUGAGUACGUUCUAUUUGGUUCCCUGUCAACAUUGAAACUAGUUUGAGUCCACACUGUCCGUGGCAGAUGAAGUAAUUGUCACGCGGCAACAUAAACUCAUAUUUACAGCAUGAAAAGGUGCCAAAAAGUUAGGAACCACCGGUUUAAAGAUCCACGUCGAAUAACUCGUGAAUGUUGAAAGUUAAUUUCAGGUGUUU